UCAGCUCAGGAACUGGAGAAGGACAUUCAUGGCCCAAAAGCAGACUCUCUUCCAGCAGAUAAAAGACUUGCCACAUUUGACAAAAUAUUUGCUGCAUAUAAUGAAGCCAGAAGCUGCAUUCGCAAUGAUUUGGCUAGUGCAGGAAAUUCUGAAAGCAUGAAAGAUGAUCUUAGUGGCCUUGAUAAAGCAAUUGGUGCUGUUUUAGGACAGCGAACCAUCGAAAGGAACCAGUUAUUGGUUAGCAUUGCUAUAAGCAAACUCAAUAAGGUCCGUGAUGAUAAGAAUGAAAAAGUUACCAAGCCUGAAGAGCUUGUCCGACUAUAUGACCUUUUGUUACAGAAUGCUGCUGAUCUUUCUGAUUUAGUUAGCUCUGGAAGAGAUAGAAAGCCAGAAGAGUUGGCUUUUGCUGAAGAGUGUGAGCUCAAAAGUUUGGUUUUCAGAGCUGAAAGGUGUUUCUAUUUAGCCAAAUCCUACAGUUUGGCUGGAAAGAGAACAGAAGCCUAUGCUUUGUACUGCAAAGUUCGCUUUCUAGCUGAUACAGCCCUUAAAGAGCUUCAAAAUUCGAAGACAGCUGAUCAGGCUGUGAUAAAGGAGUUGCAGACACUGCAAAAAGAAAGUAGAUCAAACAGCUGUAUAGAGCAUGCAAUAGCCAUCAUGGAGGAAGAGCAGGCUCCAGAAAAGCUAUCACAAAAGAUUUCAACUAUAUCAUUGACUGGAAAAGAUAAGAAGUUGGAGAAAUUUCUUAUGGACAACCUGGAUGUGUAUGAAUCAGCAGUGGAUGCCAGUGUCAAGUCAAUGUCACGUAUUGAGCGCUUCCCACCUUCAUUCCAGGCAGCUGCUCGGAGUCCAAUAGUUCUUGACCUGGCAUAUAAUCUAAUAGAAUGCCCAUCACUGGAGAACAGGACAAAGAAGGACAAGAAAAGCUUUUUAGGUAGACUUUGGAGAUGAGUAGGUUUAUUGCGGAGUAUUUUUGUUUUGCGAGUUUUUAUAUCCAUCCAGUGAUACUCGUGAAAGAUUGACCAUUCAGCGACGAUGAGUUGUGGCAACUUUUGUGGUACUCGGAAAAGAUUCAAAUCGCCAUCAAAAUUUUGGCUCUCUAGAUUCUGUAAAACAACAGUUGGUACUUCGAAUUGAAUUACAAUAAUUUGCGAAUUUUGUAAUUUAAUUGGCUAUGUGGCAAAUCAAGGAAAAUGACUGAGUGAGAUUUGGA